AUGUUUUCUGGAGGUGGCAUUGGAAACUGGGACAUGUCAAAGCUUUUGCGAUUUGGCGAAGCAUUUGAUGGUGCAACUGCCUUUAAUGCCGACCUUUCAAAUUGGGAUAUUUCAAAGGUUACUGCUAUGCAGACAGCAUUCAGAGAUUCAUCUUUCAAUCAAGAUAUUUCAAGCCUCUGCACUUGGGGAAACAAAAUUCAAGCAACUGCAAAUGUGGAAAACAUGUUUACUGGCACAAACUGUCCCUUAACAGCUAACCCUGACCUUGAAGCAAGUCCAAAAGGUCCUUUCUGUCAUGUCUGUUUAGCACCAACAAAUGCACCUACCAAAUCUCCUACUGAAACCCCUUCCAAAAUACCAUCAUCAAUCCCCUCCGCGGCUCCAACACCAGUCUUUGGUGACAAAGAUGCUUUGAUUGCAGCCCUGGAACAGGGUGACUACUCACCCACAGGUCCUUUUGGCUCCAUUCAAUCAUGGAAUGUGCAAGCAGUGGAAAACUUUGACUCUUUGAUCAGUGGUCUUACGAAUGUGGCUACAUUCAAUGGGGAUGUCAGCAUGUGGGAUGUCAGUGGGGUUACUUCAAUGAGUUCUGUUUUCCUAAAUGCAGCUGCUUUCAAUGUGCCACUGAACAACUGGGUUGUAUCAAGUGUGACUGACUUGGCAAGUUUGUUUGAGAGUUCUGGGUUCAAUUCUGAUUUAUCCAAUUGGGAUACAAGCAUUGUAACAUCCUUGAUCGGGACCUUCAAAGGAACAUCGUUCAAUGGUGAUAUCAGUUCCUGGGAUACAAGCCGCGUCAACACUAUGGCGGAAACAUUUUUUGGUGCAACUUCUUUCAAUGGGGAUCUUUCAACCUGGCAAACCCAGUCUUUGACUCAAAUGUAUGGAGUAUUUUAUGGUGCAACAGCAUUUGAUGGUGAUUUGUCUGGCUGGUAA